AUGCCGGAGCGGCGUCGGGCGUCUCUUCCCGUCUCAGAGUGGGAUAUCCGUGCUGCAAUUUUCAGGCGUCAGACUGAGGCCCCUGGUGCGGGUGCCCUUCUUUGCCCGACAGGCGAAUGUGCCGACGGGAGCUGCUGCGGUAAGAAUGGCGUCUGUGGUUAUGGCGAUCUUUGUGGUGCGGGUUGUAAGAGCAACUGUGAUGCCACUGCCAUGUGCGGCGCGCAGUCCGAAGGCGGUGCCAUCAAGUGCGGCAUGAACCUUUGCUGCAGUUCCGGAGGCUGGUGCGGCACUUCGGAAACCCACUGUGUCGGCCCCAACAAGUUCUCGCUUUGCCAGCAGGGAUUUGGAAAGUGCGAGACUCUCCGUCCCAAGACGUGUGGCGAAAACUCGGGGACGUCUGCCAAGCGGACCAUCGGAUACUACCAAGCUUCUAAUGUCCGCAAUCGCGUUUGCAACCGCAUUUCCCCGUCCCAGAUCAAGACGACGGGUUACACGCACCUCAACUUCGCUUUCGCUUCCAUCGACCCUACUACCUACGCCGUCAUACCUGCUGAAGCCGCCGAUGAGCCGCUCAUGCGAGAGUUUACCGCUCUGAAGAAGUCUGGUCUGCAGACUUGGAUUGCCGUUGGUGGUUACGACUUUAGUGAUGUGAACCGCACAACGCACACCACCUGGCACGACAUUUGUGCCAGCCCUGCCGCCCGUGCCGCCUUCAUCGCAUCUGGAAAAAGCUUCAUGGACAAGUACGGAUUCCAGGGUAUGGACCUUGACUGGGAGUACCCCGGUGACCCUAAGCGUGGCGGCUCGCGCGCCGAUAUUGCCAACUUUGUGCUGCUACUCAAGGAGAUGCGUGCUGCCUACGGCUCCAACUACGGCAUCAGUCUGACGCUUGCUCCCGACUACUGGUAUCUGCGCUGGUUCGACGGCAAAGGCCUCGAGCCGUAUGUCGAUCACUUUGGUUUCAUGACCUACGAUCUUCACGGCUCGUGGGACGCCGACACCAAGACCCUUGGCUCCAUCGUUCGAGGCCAGGCCGACGUUCGUGAGAUCUACAACAACACAAUUCCCCUUACUUACGAUGACAUGGACUUUUCCAAAAUUGUGUUCGGCGUGGCUUGGUAUGGCCGCGGUUACACCCUUUCUGACGCCAGCUGUAACACCCUUGGAUGUGGCUUCAAGGGGCCCAGCAAGCCAGGAAAAUGCACCAACAACGCCGGCGUCAUGUCUCUUGUCGAGAUUCAGGGCCUUAUCAAGGAGAAGAACCUCAAGCCCCGCCUCCUUGAAGGCGCCAUGAUGAAGGAGCUCGUGUUCGACGACCAGUGGAUUGGCUACGAUGACGACGAGACUGUUGCCAUGAAGAAGAAGUUUGCCAACAACUACUGCUUCGGCGGCACCAUGGCUUGGAGUGUCGACUUCAACUCCGGCACCGGCGACUCGGACUCCGCGCCUGUCUCGACUGAUGCGUCAUGCGGUCCUGCCCACGGAGGUACCAUC